AUGAAAAUAGAAUUAGCUUUAUUAAUUAUAAUUUUUAUAAAUAUAGCUUUAGGCACAAAUCAAUAUAUUUAUAUUACUCCCCAAAAUGGUAAUAGUUGCAAUGAUGGGACAACGAUUGGAGGUGGAUUUGUAGUACCAGUGAACCAGUGCAUCAAAAUAAAUAAAUAUAGUGCAUUGUUUGAACAAAAUGAAAACAAUGUAUUUGUAUCAUGGUUUAAUGAUUGUUCAGAUCAUAACAGCUUUCAAAUAAAUAACUACACCAUUGAUUCAUGCACAAACUUUAUUCUUCCCCACACAACAUCAACGUAUCUAUCUACCAUAUCAAAUACAGGUGUCAUUCCUCCACAGUCCAUUGUUUUUCAAUAUUAUAACCAAACUGAAAAAGUUUGUUCUAAUGAAUUAUAUAAACAGUACUACACAGUAGAUUAUACCGAAAAAACCUUUGAAUAUCAUAUUGAUUAUUUAUGUUCUCAAAAUCAACCAUUUACAUAUCUUUGUACAAGAAGAGGAAAUUGUUAUAGUACCUCUUAUCAAGGUUGUAAUUUUGAUAAGAAUCAUCCAUAUUCAUAUACAGUAACUUGUUAA